UUGCAUUGUUUACAUUUUUUGUUUGCCGCACGCAAAGCUAAAAAACAUUAGAAAGAACCGCGAAUAUAAAAGUAAUUGAAACUUCAGAGCCUAGACUCAGUUUUACAUGAGCUGCCAACGGCAGAGCCACGCGUCCGGAGGCCCAAGGAGCGCCAUUGGAGGCCAUCGCGUAGUCGGAAUCGGAGUCGCACCUUCGCCGCCACAUUGCUGGCGUGACUGCGUCGCAUUAAAUCACCGGAAUCACCGAAGAAAUCGCGGCGACGAACAACAACCGGAAGUGCAGCGGAGCAACUGGUGGUCAUGGAGGUUUACGCCUGGGGUGCCAAUUCUCACGGCCAGCUCGGCCUUGGCUUUGAGUCCGAGUUGUGCAUGACACCGCAGCGGGUGGCCAGGAGCUCCUGCUCCUUUGCCGCCGCCCAGGUGCGCUGUAUUCGCGGCGGAGGCGGCCACGUCCUCAUCCUCGACACGAACGGAAGGGUGCAUGCCUGUGGCUGGAAUAAUCGUGGUCAACUGGGCCUGGAUUCAUCGGAGGAGUGCCACAACGAGUUUAAGAUGAUUCCCAGCGAGUAUUUUGGGGAAGUUCCUGUGGACACAAUCAGUUGUGGCUGGGACAUCUCCGGCGCCAUCACCUUGACCAAACGGCUGUAUGUAUGGGGCUCUAAUGCCUUUCAGCAGCUAGGAAUCUGUCAGCGUGGUUUUCUGGCCGUCAGAAGACCCAUGCCAGUGAAGCUACCUCGGGAAGAAGAGUCCAUCCGGAUCAGCUUUGGACUCCGCCACUGUGCCGUACUCACCCAGGACCACAAGAUCUACGUCUUCGGACGACUGAGGAUUAUGGAUCCACCGCCCAUCGAACUGGAUAUCACGGCCACCUGCCUGCACCGCUGCAAUACGAUAAAGAUACAGGCCCACAAUCCCAACGAGCUGAGAAUCGUUUCCCUUUCCAGUGGUCAGAAUCACAUGCUGCUCAAGUGUGUGGAUCUGAGCGAAUCGGGUGGCGGCAGCACCAAGAGGAUUCUCACGCUGGGCGACAACAAGUUCGGCCAGUCCAAUGCCUUUCUCUUUGAGGAGGAUGUGCGACAACUGGCCGUGGGCUGGACCCACAAUGCAGCGGUGCUGAGGAACAACGAAAUCCUGCUAUGGGGUCGCAAUUGCUAUGGCCAAUUGGGAAUCGGAUCGUUUAGCGAGCAGCAGGCUAUACCCACUCCUUUGCUUCUGAAGCUGCCAGAGGAUCAGUCACCGGCCAGAGUACACAUGGGAGCGGAGCAUGGACUGCUGAGGACUUCGGCCGGAGCAGUCUACACUUGGGGUUGGAAUGAGCAUGGGAAUUGCGGCAAUAACAGCACGGAAAAUGUAUGCACCCCUACGCUUUUGGAACUGCCAAUUGUUAAGUUGGCCGGGGCUGGAGCUGGCUUCUGUUAUGCAAUAACAGAGCCUGUUAACUGACUGCUUCCUGUUAUACGCUGUU